CCCGCGAGACCAGCCGUAAACGGCUCCCUCGCGCCACUUCCGGCCGGCUUCCGCAGACGGGGCUGGUGGGCGAUCGUGAGGCGCCGGAGGACGUUCCUUGCGGCCGGAGCCAUGGAGAUGCCCCUGCCGCCCGACGACCAGGAGCUUCGAAAUGUCAUCGACAAGCUGGCCCAGUUCGUGGCUCGCAACGGGCCCGAGUUUGAGAAGAUGACGAUGGAAAAGCAGAAGGACAACCCGAAAUUCUCGUUUCUGUUCGGAGGCGAGUUCUACAGUUACUACAAGUGCAAGUUGGCGCUGGAGCAGCAGCAGCUCAUCUGCAAGCAGCAGGCCCCAGAGCUGGAGCCGGCCGCGGCCCUGCCGCCCCUGCCGCAGCCCCCGCUGGCCCCGGCUGCGCCCAUCCCGCCGGCCCAGGGAGCCCCAUCCAUGGACGAGCUCAUCCAGCAGAGCCAGUGGAACCUGCAGCAGCAGGAGCAGCACCUGUUAGCUCUCAGACAGGAGCAGGUGACAGCGGCCGUGGCCCACGCGGUGGAGCAGCAGAUGCAGAAGCUCCUGGAGGAGACCCAGCUGGACAUGAAUGAGUUUGACAACCUGCUUCAACCCAUCAUCGACACGUGUACCAAAGAUGCCAUCUCGGCCGGGAAGAACUGGAUGUUUAGCAACGCCAAGUCCCCUCCUCACUGCGAGCUGAUGGCGGGCCACCUCCGGAACCGCAUCACAGCCGACGGGGCACACUUCGAGUUGCGGCUGCACCUCAUCUACCUGAUCAACGACGUGCUGCACCACUGGGCCCUGACGCGCGGAAGGUCUCUCCCUCACAGCCAGCGCAAGCAGGCCAGGGAGCUGCUGGCCGCCCUGCAGAAAGUCGUGGUGCCCAUCUACUGCACCAGCUUCUUGGCCGUGGAGGAGGACAAGCAGCAGAAGAUCGCCCGGCUCCUGCAGCUCUGGGAGAAGAACGGCUACUUUGACGACUCCAUCAUCCAGCAGCUACAGAGCCCAGCCCUGGGGCUCGGCCAGUACCAGGCGACACUCAUCAACGAGUACUCCUCGGUGGUCCAGCCGGUGCAGCUGGCUUUCCAACAGCAGAUCCAGACCCUCAAGACGCAGCACGAGGAGUUUGUCAACAGCCUGGCCCAGCAGCAGCAGCAACAGCAGCAGCAGCAGCAGCAGCAGCAGCAGAUCCAAAUGCCACAGAUGGAAGCUGAAGUCAAGGCCACCCCGCCGCCGCCUGCCCCGCCUCCGGCCCCCACACCCACCCCUGCCAUCCCGCCAACCACCCAGCCUGGUACGGGGCUCCCUCAGCACCCACCCCGGGAGGCAGCUUCAGGAAGGCAGCCUUCUCCCGCAGAGAAGGACUCCGGUUCCGUGGGCCCCAAACCGGGCCCAGUCCCAGGGCCAGAUUCUAACCUGUUUCCAAACACUAGGCCUGGAGAUUUCACAGAUGACAGCAAGCCUCCCAUCCAGAUGCCUGGCUCCUCUGAGUACGAUGCCUCCGGGGGAGUCCAGGAUCCUGCCGCUGCCGGCCCCCGGGGCCCUGGACCCCACGAUCAGAUCCCACCUAACAAGCCCCCGUGGUUUGACCAGCCUCAUCCCGUGGCUCCUUGGGGCCAGCAGCAGCCUCCCGAGCAGCCCCCCUACCCGCACCACCAGGGCGGGCCGCCCCACUGCCCACCCUGGAACAACAGCCAUGAGGGCAUGUGGGGCGAGCAGCGUGGGGACCCCGGCUGGAACGGCCAGCGGGACGCGCCCUGGAACAGCCAGCCCGACCCCAACUGGAACAGCCAGUUCGAGGGCCCCUGGAACAGCCAGCACGAGCAGCCUCCAUGGGGCGGAGGCCAGCGCGAGCCGCCCUUCCGCAUGCAGCGGCCGCCCCACUUCCGGGGACCCUUCCCGCCCCACCAGCAGCACCCACAGUUCAACCAGCCGCCGCACCCCCACAACUUCAACCGCUUCCCACCUCGCUUCAUGCAGGACGACUUUCCCCCGCGGCACCCCUUCGAGCGGCCGCCCUACCCCCACCGCUUCGACUACCCCCAGGGGGACUUCCCCGCCGAGAUGGGACCCCCUCACCACCACCCUGGCCACCGCAUGCCUCAUCCUGGGAUCAACGAGCACCCACCCUGGGGUGGGCCCCAGCACCCCGACUUUGGCCCUCCUCCCCACGGCUUCAAUGGGCAGCCCCCCCACAUGCGGCGACAGGGCCCUCCCCACAUCAACCAUGAUGACCCUAGCCUGGUCCCCAACGUGCCCUACUUCGAUCUGCCUGCCGGGCUGAUGGCGCCCCUCGUGAAGCUGGAAGACCAUGAGUACAAGCCUUUGGACCCAAAAGACAUCCGCCUCCCACCCCCCAUGCCGCCCAGUGAGAGGCUGCUGGCGGCUGUGGAGGCCUUUUACAGCCCUCCGUCCCACGACAGGCCCAGGAACAGCGAAGGCUGGGAGCAGAACGGCCUCUAUGAGUUCUUUCGAGCAAAGAUGCGGGCGCGGCGGAGGAAGGGCCAGGAAAAGCGGAACAGUGGACCCUCACGGUCUCGGAGCAGAUCCAAGAGCCGAGGGCGCUCUUCCUCCCGCUCCAACUCAAGGUCGUCCAAGUCCUCGGGCUCGUACUCCAGGUCCAGAUCUCGCUCCUGCUCCCGCUCCUAUUCCCGCUCCCGCUCCAGGAGCCGCAGCCGGUCCCGCUCCUCCCGGAGCCGCUCCCGCUCACGGUCCCGCUCCCGCUCCAAGUCCUACUCCCCGGGACGGAGACGCCGGUCGCGGUCCAGGAGCCCCACCCCGCCUUCCUCGGCUGGUCUGGGUUCUAAUUCAGCACCUCCUAUUCCUGAUUCAAGGCUCGGGGAAGAAAACAAAGGACAUCAGAUGCUGGUGAAAAUGGGCUGGAGUGGAUCUGGUGGCCUCGGCGUGAAAGAGCAAGGGAUCCAGGACCCCAUCAAGGGGGGGGACGUCCGGGACAAGUGGGACCAGUACAAGGGUGUGGGCGUGGCCCUGGACGACCCCUACGAGAACUACCGCAGGAACAAGAGCUACUCCUUCAUCGCCCGCAUGAAGGCCAGGGACGAGUGCAAGUAGGCGCUCUGCGGGCGGGAGCCACGCCUCGGCCACCGCGUUGGCCACCGGGACCUUCCUGGCUUACUGGCAGUGACAGAUGGUAGGGACAGCUCAGUUCUCACACAGCCUCCAUCUCUGGGGAGCGGCAGAAGGAAGGAAGGCCACAGCCUGCCUAGUGACGAGCACCACGCUCGAUAGCUUGGAAGGCCCCGGGCCCCGCCUGCAAACCGCUCUAACGUAGAAGCACGACCCCGCCAGGAGAUGCCCGGGCCCGCGCGGCCAGAGCCUGCUUCCCUUGACGGCGAAGUGAGAAACACGAGACCCUCCACCCCUGGAUGAGAAUCCCUGACAUCUUAAGGCACGGCUGUUUCGCACCUCUCCCCUCGGGCAGAUCUGAGCUUCUGCUUAAACCAGUAGGAGCGUGUGGAGGAGAGGCCCUGGGCGAGCGGCCCGGCAGCCUGGGAGCGGGUGUGGGGCCAGCCGGCCCUGCCCGCCUGUGCCCCGCCGACGUGUGGUGGAUGGGGAAGCUCAGGCCAGGCGCUGGUUCCAAACAGAAAAACCCUUUUUGAUUUGCAAAGUUACACAGGGUUCUUCUCGUUUUUACUCCAGGUCUUUAGUUUUGGAGAAGGGAAUGUUGCUCUAAGAGGAUCCCAGUGAGAAUUUGAAACCCGAUUCCUCUGAGACGUGCUGGCCCUUAGUUCAUUUAUUUUAGUUGUUUGCGUUGACAUUUUUUCCCCAAACGUCAGCCGUUUGCUGUACCUGCAGAAACGGAGGUUCUGAGGACACGGACCUGAGGCACCUUCAGGUCCCAGAAUGACACCCUCGGAGAGUCUGUACCCUUAGCGUCUCGGCCUGUGUUUUCCACUUAGAGGAACCCAACACCAGCGCUUGCGUGGACCUUCCGCUCCAGGGUGUGGAGAGAGACCCCUGGCUGUGCCUCCCGCUCCUCGUUCCCCUUGCUGCCCCCCUCCCCCCCACAGCCACCACCAUCGAGGGAGGUGAGGCCAGGAGGGAGUGGGGUCUGCUGGGCGACGCUGGGGACGGCGUGGGACAGGCCACGCUUGGCGUCUGUGGGCAGCUCGUGCGGUGCCGUUUAUUUGUACAGAAACAUUUUUGAAAAAUUCUUUUCAAUAAGAUGCAAAGUCCUCUCCAACUUUUCAACCUGAUGUGAUAAAAUAUUUGAUUUUGUUCUAGGUUUCCUGUAGCUGUGAAUUGUUCAAACGUGUCUGAUUCAGGAUAAAACGUAAACACGUGCUGUUAACAAUUUCUUGUGGAUUUUACUGUUUUGCCUUCAAAUAAAAACUUUUUUUAAAGAC